AUGUCACGGCAGGUCACACGUCCACCGCCAAAGCUGACUAGAGACGAAUGGGAAGAAUGCGAACAACAAGCAGAAGCACGAGGGGAUACCCAGCACCCGUGCUCCAUCUGCCGUGAACCCUUCGGAGUUAAAGAGCAAGUGAUUUUGAGCUGCUCGCACAUGUUCCACCUUGCCUGCAUCAUGAGUUUCGAGCGAUUCCUGCGGACGAACCAGCGCGUAUGUCCAUUGUGCAGGAAGCAGGAUUACCAGAAGCGCGCCACAACAAUGGCGUCAGCUUUCCAUCGCGAGUACAGUGCCAAACGAGUUCAGUUCUAUAGCUCCGGCAAGGGGGACCCCGUUCGGCGCCGGCGAUUUUUCGCGAACAGAGUCGGCAAAACAACGGAUCGAUUGGUGACUGCAAUGAGCAAGCGCGACGACUCCAUCGACGCAUUGCUGGCCGAAUUCGACAAAUCGCUGAGUAUGAGCCGCCGCGUAUUCCAAGACUCCGUACCCGAGACCGAAACAGCAACACUUUUUCCCGGUGGUGACGAUUGGCUGGCCAUCUUCAACAAGGUUCGUGACGAACCUUCCCGGUAUGAGAGCGAAUGCGCUAUCUGCAUCAACUCGUUCUGCUCGUCAAUGGCAGGCGUCUCACUACUGAGCUGUUCGCACGCCUUCCACUCGCAAUGUCUCUCGGCGUUUGAGGAGUUCAACAUCUACGAGGUCUCGCUCUGCCCCGUGUGUCGAGCCAGCUACCGCUCGCAGAAAUGGCUACACGUCGCGCAGAUCGCCUCGCAAAACACAUGUAAUUACUGA